AUGAAAACAGCGGUAUUUGGUCACGACGACACAUGCGACGAUACGACAUUAUCGCUGAAUAGUGGCGCCAUCCCGUCGCUAACUUUUGCACCGCCGGCAUCUCUUUCAGUUUCUUCAUCUUUACCGAUCCGUUGCGGUAGCAGCGGUGUCGCUAAUGCCGUGAGUGGCUACCGCCAGCACCAUCACUCAAGACGAACUUCACGCAUGCAAAAUGUAAGUUAUCACUUGACCUUUAAUCGCCUAAAAGCUUGCGCUCAGAAGAAUUUUUUGUUAUGA